AUGCUCGUCGGCAUCCUCCUUGCGGUGCUCGGCGCAUCUCCUGCUGCCGCCCUCGCGGCCCUCACUGACGAAGACUUGCGCAGCAUCCCUUCCCCCGGGGACGACUUCGACAUACACACGGGCAAGCUCCUGGCGCCCAUAUUGAUCCCCCGAGUGCCCGGCACAGAGGGCAGCUUCAAGACCCAGAAACAUUUUGUCGACUUCUUCAAGUCCUCGCUGCCAUUGUGGGAGCUCGCGUGGCAGAACUCGACAUGCGAGACACCCCUCAGCGGCACCAAAAAAGUGCCGUUUUCCAAUUUGAUAUUCAGUCGAGAUCCUCCCGGCUCGCAUCCCGGCGAUGUGUCGCGGUUGACCCUCGUGGCGCACUUCGACACGCUCAUCAAGCCCGAGGGCUUCGUGGGCGCCAUUGAUUCCGCCGCGCCGUGUGCCAUGCUGAUGCACGUGGCGAGGAGCAUCGACGCCGCCCUGACCAAGAAGUGGAAGGAGGACGACGGCAGCGGCGGGCUGGACGAGCGGCAGGGCGUGCAGAUACUGUUUCUAGACGGGGAGGAGGCCUUUAAGCAGUGGUCCGCUACGGACUCGUUGUACGGAGCGAGAUCUCUGGCCGAAGAAUGGGAGAUGACGUUCCACCCGGCGCUGUCGACCUUCCGCACCCCGCUCGAGAGCAUAUCCCUCUUCGUCCUCCUCGACCUCCUCGGCUCGCCGGACCCCAGCAUCCCCUCGUACUUUCUCCCCACGCACUGGACGUACCGGAGCAUGGCGGCCCUCGAGGCCCGCAUGCGCGCCCUCAACCUGCUCGAGUCGAAGCCCGCCAAGCCCUUCCUCUGGAACGCGGACAAGGAGCCGCACGAGUUUUACCGCAACUUCAUCGAGGACGACCACGUCCCCUUUAUGCAGCGCGGCGUGAAUGUGCUGCACAUCAUCCCCGACCGCUUCCCGGCCGUGUGGCACAAGAUUGACGACGAUGGCGACCACUUGGACCUGCCGACGACGCGGGACUGGGCGAGGAUCGUCACGGCCUUUGUGGUGGAGUUUAUGGAGCUGGGCGGGCUAUUGGACGCGACGGCUGCGACGAGCGCCGGGAAGACGAGUGCUACGGGGAGCGUGCAUAGCAAGAGGACUGAGCUGUGA